AUGGCAGGUAUUGUGGACACCGUCGCCAAAGACAGCCUGGUGGAUAUUUUCCCCUGGCUCCAGCUCUUUCCCAACGCAGACCUGCGUCUCCUGAAACAAUGCGUUUCCACCCGUGACAAACUUCUACAUCAGAAAUAUGAAGAACACAAGGCCCAGUACAGUGACCAUUUGCAGAGAGACCUGAUAGACGCUCUGCUCCGAGCAAAACGCAAUGCCCACAACAACAACACGGCAGAGAUGAGUUCCCAGCCUUUGGGCCUUAGCGACGACCACAUCCUUAUGACUGUCGGAGACAUCUUUGGAGCCGGGGUGGAAACCACCGUCACCGUCCUCAGAUGGGCCAUCAUCUACCUCCUCUAUCACCCUGAGGUGCAGAAACGGAUCCAGGAUGAGAUGGACAGCAAUUUAGGGCGGGACCGGAGCCCCCUCCUGAGCGACAGAGGCAGUCUUCCUUACCUCGAGGCCACCAUCAGGGAGGUGUUGCGGAUCCGCCCCGUUUCCCCUCUCCUCAUCCCUCACGUUGCCCUCCAGGACACAAGCCUUGGAAAUUUCAAAGUGCGAAAAGGGACCAGAGUUAUCGUCAACCUGUGGUCACUGCACUACGACGAGAAAGAAUGGAAACACCCUGAACUUUUCGACCCAGGUCGCUUUUUGAACAGCGAAGGCACAGGUCUGAGCAAGCCGUCGUCCAGCUACAUGCCCUUCGGUGCCGGGGUCAGGGUGUGUCUCGGCGAGGCCUUAGCAAAGAUGGAACUCUUUAUCUUCCUGGCCUGGAUUCUGCAGCGUUUCACCUUUUCCAGCCCAGCCGGUCAACCUCCUCCCUCGCUGGAGGGCAAGUUUGGCGUGGUCCUUCAACCAGCCAAGUACAAGGUGACCGUCACACCCAGAUGGCGUGCUUUCUAGCACAUUUACCUUGAGUAACUUGACUUUGCUUUGAAAAGUAACUAAGUUAAGACGUGACUUUCAGCAGACGCCACACUUCCACCUCACAUCAAAAUGACAACUGCUUUUGACAAGAGUUCAUUGUUUCAGGGUUUUCUAUAACUAUCGAUAUUUCUACAUAUAAAUAUCAUUAAAGAAAAUCAACAGUCUUUGACUUGACUUCAGUUGUUUGUUUUUUAUAAUAAAGAGACAUUCGUGAUUUCCCGGAACAGAAA